AUGUCCCACCAGCUGCCCGAUCAUGCACCGUCAAUCGACGACCUGCGCGAUCUUCUCAAUGGUCCAGAAAUGACUGAGAGAAUGGCACCGCUCUUUGACAUCGGCCAGUCGAACUUGACAGCCGACCAGAUCGCUGCAGUGCUCCAACUUUGGGGUGACCAACGUGGUAUCGUGCUCCGACUGAAUGUCAUCGUCGAGGGAGACCAAUUGCAGGUGAUCUUUCCCACCGAUGAUUGCACCACCAUUUGGAUCCACAACGACCACGCUGUAGAGUUGUCCGGCACUGACUUCAACCACUACUCUGGCGUGAAGCUGGCCGCUGCAACCUCACCUUCUACGGAACUUGAUUUGGCCCAGCAAGUUCUGCAGAGCCUUACUCACAUCCAAGGCAUGGUCAGUGUCCCAGCAGCACUUGAUGUGGAUGAAGAAGCGCCUGCUCCCCUUACAGAGUACGAAGAGCCCGAGCUUGGCGAGUACAAAAAAGCAGAAGGCUUUGUAUCUGCCAAGGAUACCGCUGGUAACUCAUUUGACCAGAGCUCCAACAAGCCCAGAGCUGCCUGGAUUGCCGCCCAGAAAAAGGUCGUUGAUGAUGCGGCUCAUUGCGCAUUUCUGCAGUGCCUAACCCCUUUUACCAUCGAUCUUUCAGUUCAGGGUGGAGUAAAAACAUGA